CGUGGAAAGUGCGAGUACAGGCGGCGAGGGCGCGCUCGUUUUCAGUCCCCCUGCAUCUCGGUGCCCUCACAUGGCGGACGGUCUUAGACAGUAAACAGCUGCUCAUCUCACUGAGGCGGGUAGAUCGUGUGAGCAGGGCGCUGUUGUAAGCAGCAAGCAGUGGUUUUUAACCCCGCCCGAAGAGGAGGCCUGCAGACACAAUCGAGUAUCUCCAACCCAUUGGCCGGCGGGCGACCCAGGGUUACAAAACAAACCCGACAGCGCUCCAGCAGCCAACACACUGCGGGCUAACCGGAGCAGCGCGGAAGCUAAGUAGCUAACUGGAAAUGGCGACGGCGAUAUAUCUGGAACAUUAUCUUGACAGUAUUGAAAACUUACCAUGUGAGCUGCAGAGAAAUUUUACCUUGAUGCGGGACCUGGACAAUAGGACUGAAGAAAAGAAAGGAGAGAUCGACAAACUUGCUGAAGAGUACAUAGUGAAUGUGAAGAACUUGGCCUCAGAACAGAGAGUGGAACAUCUGCAGAAGAUCCAAAAUGCCUACAGCAAGUGCAAAGAGUUCAGCGAUGACAAAGUCCAGCUUGCAAUGCAGACAUAUGAAAUGGUGGACAAACAUAUCCGCAGACUUGAUGCCGAUCUGGCACGGUUUGAGAAUGAGCUAAAGGAGAAACUGGAAGUGAGCGGCUAUGAAAGUGCAGAGGGAAGAGCACUGAAAAAAGGUGAUUCCAAGGGACUAAGAGAGAAACGUGGAUCCAGGGGAAGAGGAAGGAAAAUGUCUGAUGAAGAUUCUCCCAAGAAGAAGAAGAUGAAAAAUAGCCCAGACUUGAGCGAUGCUCUCCUGCCCAUGCAGCCGUCAGACGUUUUGGACAUGCCAGUCGAUCCCAAUGAGCCGACUUACUGCGUGUGCCAUCAGGUGUCGUAUGGGGAGAUGAUUGGAUGCGAUAACCCAGAUUGUCCAAUUGAAUGGUUUCACUUCGCUUGUGUUGAUCUCGCCACAAAACCCAAAGGAAAAUGGUUUUGUCCAAGAUGCACUCAAGACAAGAAG